AUGAAUAGCCAUUUUAUUGUACCCAUCCAGAUUUGCUCUAAAAAAGCAGGGAAGAGUCUUGCUUGCAGACGAAAUGGGGCUUGGAAAGACCGUUCAGGCCCUUGCUAUUGCUUCGUUUUACCGAAGAGAAUGGCCUUUGCUAAUUUUGGUACCGGCAUCAUUAACAGCUUCAUGGGGCGAGGUCUGAGCUGCUUAACUUUAUCGCUAGUCUGGCUGGUGUACAUAGUCAGCUAUGACUUGGCCGGAAAAUAUAUCGAUUCUAUCAAAAAGAAGGAGUUUAAGGUUAUCAUCACGGAUGAGUGCCACUUUCUACGAAACCCCUCAACAAAAAGAACCAAGCUUCUGUUGCCAUUAUUGAAGAAGUCUGGACGUGUUAUCCUCCUUUCAGGCACACCUGCUCUUUCGAGGCCGAUGGAGCUCUUCACGCAGUUGCAAGCAAUCAAUUCAAAGCUAUUUCCAAAUAUGAUUGAAUAUGGCAUCCGCUAUUGCGCGGGGAGGAAGGGGUAUUUUGGAUGGGAUUUCAAGGGAUCCUCGCAUCUGAGGGAGCUUUCAAUAGUGCUGGAAAAUACUAUCAUGAUAAGAAGAAUGAAGAAGGAUGUGUUGACCCAGCUUCCAGCAAAAAGACGACAGCAAGUCUUUUUGCAUAUAGAGGCCUCAAAAUUAAAGGCAAUAAAUGCGAUGAUUGCUUCAAUUGACGGGGCGGCUUGUUGUUCCAAUUCGCAAGCAGACGAGCUUGAGGCUUUUCAAUCAAAUUUACUUUAUAUGAAGAUAUGGAGAGAAACGGGACUCGCAAAAUUGGAUGCCUGUUGUGAGUAUCUGUUUGAUCUGCUCGAUCGCGACGAAUCGAUCAAGAUCCUCCUUUUUGCUCACCAUCAGCAAAUUCUGGAUGGUGUUGAAAAGUUCCUUUGGGAAAAGGUAUCAAAUCCGCUUGUUGCUGACAUUCAGAAAGUCUCUUUUAUCCGAAUCGAUGGCAUGACGCCCACCAUCGAACGCAACAACCAUUGCAUCGAGUUUCAAGACCCCCUGUCGAAAACUCGUGUGGCCAUCCUUAGUUUGACGGCUGCCGGUGUUGGAUUGACACUAACGGCAGCCUCUGUGGUGCUGUUUGCCGAAUUGUUCUGGAACCCCGGGGUGCUGACUCAAGCCGAAGACAGGGCACAUCGUAUAGGGCAGAAGGACUCUGUAAAUAUACAUUACUUGCUCGCACAGGGGACGAGCGAUGAUCGCCUUUGGUAUGUGAUUUUAGAAGUGGCCACUUAUCCUGAGAAAGCUGAACAUUCUCGAAUCGGUUGGACUUGGAAAAAACGAGUUUUCCAGCAUCGUUUCAAAUGCUUCCACACAGCAGCCCCUGUCGCAAUCCCAGCCACAGUCACAAUCGAAUACGCAAAAAACCCUUUACAGCUAUGCCAAAAGCUGUCAAUGAUCUUGUAG